UCUGCAGGAUUCGUCUCGCAGAAUUCAACGAGUAGUCAACCGUCUAGUCAAGUAAAUGACGGCAUUUUUUCAUCAUGUUCUAGUAUUAAAGAAUCUUCUUCAUGGAUACAGAUUGACAUUAGGGAAAUGAGUAUGGUGUCGGAAAUAAUUCUUAUUUUCGGUGGAAACACUACACAAGAAGGUAUUCAUACCAUUUACGCGUCAAACACGAGUGGUUUAAUAGGAAAUGAAACUAUUAUAUAUAGGAAUGAAUCUUUACCAAGUGAAAUCAACAUCAGUGCUGUGUUAAGAUAUAUAGUGUAUGCUCCCCCUACUCAGAGAAAUAUUUCUGAAGUAUGUGAAAUCGGGAUUGCUGGUUGCCCCCCUUCGAAUUUUGGACCUCUUUGUACUAAACUGUGUCCAGUUAACUGUAGUGGACCUUGUGACCUUAAAACCGGUCAUUGCAUAUUUGGCUGUUUGAAUGGAUGGCUCGGUGAAACAUGUGAACUAGACCCUACAUGUUACCACAUCACUCUUACAGAGAUUUACGUUUUGAAGUGUUCACCAGAAAUUUAUCAGGUAUAUCCAUCAAGCGGACCUAUAAAUGGUGGUACAUUAGUGACGAUUACUGGAAAAUACCUUGGAAAUGUCAAUGAUGAUAUAUUUGUUGAUCUUAAAGGGGUUGAAUGUCAAAACGUCACAGUCCAAACACCUUAUACAAAGUAAAGAUAAACAUAAAUUAAUACAAGUAUAUUUCGUAAAAAUGAAGUAGACAUGUAUGUUGUGUACAAUUAUGAUUUGUUCAUAACGAGUUUUCAUGAUAUUGAAACUCUGCUGGUAAGCCAAAUUUAGCUUUAAAAAUGAACUUUCUUCGUGUUGUUCUCACAAAUUUGAAUACUUCAGCUUAAUAUUAAGUGUUGUUUACUUUGGAAAUAUAGCUUCACAAUAACUCAUCAGAUACACAUGAACAUGUAUUGAUAGCUGCUAUGUAUAUGUGAUCGCUUAUAAUAGAUUCUUAGUCCCACAAUAUACCUACGUUAUAA